AUGGAGAAGUAUGCGACGUACCCAAGCCUGCGGGGAAAAACUGUCUUGAUUACUGGAGGGGCCGAAGGCAUCGGAGCAGCAUCAGUCGAGCUUUUCUGUCGGCAAGGCUCCAACGUCGUCUUCUUAGAUUACGCAGACGUUUCGGCAAACAAGCUACUCGAGAAGGUCAAGGACAUUCCAGGUGCUACCCAGCCCACGUUUCUCCACUGCGAUGUGACCGACUUGGCUCGCCUCAAGGAAUGCGCGGAGAAAGUGCUCGCAGAUCACGGCACGGUGGAUGUUCUUCUAAACAACGCCGCUCGUGCCGGCUCUCAGUCGAGAGUCCCGACAACUCAAGUGACGCCUGAGUCGUGGGACCAGGACGUCAAUGUAAAUCUUCGCCAUCAGUUCUUUCUAACGCAGGCGGUGGUGCCGGCGAUGCAGAAAAAGGGGUCUGGCGGCAGUAUUAUCAACAUGGGAUCGAUCACGUGGCGCAUUCCAGCCGUCGGACUUCCUAUCUACACGAUGUGCAAAGCGGCAGUCGUUGGUAUGACGAGAACGCAUAGCAAGGAGUUUGGUCAGUACGGCAUCAGGGUGAACAGCGUCGUUCCCGGCGCCAUUGCGACGCAGAGGCAGAUCGAUGAGGUGUUAACGGAUGAGUACCGCGCCGAAGUGAUGGCCGCGCAAAGUUUGAAGAGAGAUCUUAUGCCUGACGAGGUAGCGAGACUGAUACUCUUUCUUGCUGCGGAUGAUUCUAGCGCUAUCACUGGGAGUAGCUACGUGAUUGAUGGAGGGUGGGUCAGCGAUGUUUAG